AUGUUUCCAGGCUCCAACCAAGGCAGAACGUACAACAACUACCAGGGCCAGCAAGGUUACAACCAGCAAGGCUACAAUAACUAUGGUCCUCCUCAAGGUCCCCCACCUGGCCAGUACGGUGCUCCCCCUGGCCCUCCUCCAGGCCAAUGGGGACCUCCAUCUGGACCACCUCCACGGAACUACCAACAGGGAGGAGGCAAUCUCAACUCCCCGGAUUUCUAUCAGCAGCAGCAGCAGUAUCAGCAGGCUCAAUCGAGAAUGCACGAGCAGAUGGGCAACUUCACCAGACAGCAUGGAGGUCAAUCGUUUGAGGGAAACAACGGUGCCAUUUCCGGCCCUCCUCCUCUGGCCCCACAAAGUUUCGGGCACAAUUCGAACAUGACUUUCCAGUACUCAAACUGUUCGGGUAAAAGAAAAGCGCUCUUGAUAGGUAUCAAUUACUACGGCACCAAGAACGAAUUGCGUGGGUGUAUCAACGAUGUCAAGAACAUGAGCCGUUUUUUGAACGAGUACUUUGGUUAUUCGUACGAUGAUAUGGUGAUCUUGACCGAUGAUCAGCGAGAAUUGGCGAGAAUUCCCACUAGAGAAAAUAUCAUCAGGGCCAUGCAAUGGCUUGUCAAAGACGCCAGACCUAACGAUUCUUACUUCUUCCACAUUUCCUCUCACGGAGGUUUGGUUCCUGAUGAGAAUGGCGACGAGGAAGACGGCUUUGACUCGUGCAUAUACCCUCUUGACUUCGAAAGAGCUGGCCCUCUUGUGGACGACACAAUGCACGACUUGAUGGUGAAGCCAUUGCCACAGGGAUGCCGUUUGACGGCCUUGUUUGACUGCUGUCACUCUGGUACCGCGUUGGACUUGCCCUUUGUGUACUCUACGAAAGGUGUAGUGAAGGAGCCAAACGUGUGGAAGGACGCUGGAACGGGCGCUUUCAAAGCAUUCAUGGAUUACGAGCGAGGAGACAUUGGCGGGGCCAUUUCUGCUGUGAGCGGCAUUUUCAAGAAGGUCACCAACGCCAGAAGCGUCAACAGAGAUGCCAUCAUCCAAAGCAAAAUGUCAGCCGCCGAUGUUAUCUCCAUGUCUGGAUGUAAGGACGAUCAGACAUCGGCGGACGCCAAAGAGGCUGGUCAGAAUACGGGUGCCAUGAGUUGGGCCUUCAUCUCAGUGUUGAAGCAGAGCAACAACCACUCGUACCUUUCCCUUUUGAACGAGAUGAGAAACCUCCUCUCUGCCAAAUACUCACAGAAGCCUCAGUUGAGUUGCUCGCAUCCUCAGGAUAUGAACUUGAGGUUUAUCAUGUAG